GUAUUAAAUCAAAUCCUACACUUUUUGUGAUUGCAUCGAAAUUUCAGUCACUUCGAAAAUCAACCCUUUUGUAUUGGGUCUUUUCCCGAUUUCCCCUUUUAGUCAGGGCAACACUGUAUCAAUACUGCAUCGCAUUUUCGAUACACCCGAUAACAGGUCGUCAACACAACACAAUGCAUAUGAUUGUUUGCCAGUUCUGUUUAACAUAAUGCAAAGUAUCUAGCAGCUAAAAUGAAAAUAAUGGGCAUUUUGGAUAAAUUAAUAAACGCCUUCGGCAUAAAGAAGAAAGAAGCGCGAAUUUUGGUGCUCGGAUUGAAUAACAGUGGAAAAAGCACCUUGCUCAAUCAGCUGAAAAACGAUGAUAACAAAUCGCACAGUGAAGUCGUUCCCACGGUCGGAUUCAAUAUAGAAAAAUUCAAAAACCAAAACAUUGGAUUUACAGCUUUCGAUAUGUCAGGUCAAGGUAGAUACCGGGAACUUUGGGAACACUAUUACAAAGACUGCGAAGGGAUUAUUUUUGUAAUAGACAGCAGUGACAAGCUACGUUUGGCGGUGGUGAAAGACGAACUAGAUUUAUUGAUCCAGCAUCCGGAUAUAUCUCCGAAAUGUAUUCCGAUAUUAUUUCUAGCGAAUAAAAAAGAUCUUCGAGACGCCCUAUCCAGCAUAAAAAUAGCUUCUAGUUUACACCUGGAACGGAUCCAGGAUAAACCUUGGCAUAUUUGUACGACAAAUGCUCUGAAUGGCGAUGGUAUCCAAGAAGGAAUUCAAUGGCUUACGCAGCAACUGUGCGAUAAAAUAAAAUAACGCAAGUUUUCUCCCUUAUAUAUACGAUCAUUUUUCUUCAUCAAUGUAGCAAUUUCAAGUUAUGUAAUAUUAUGUACCUACGCGUAUUUUGUAAUUUAUGUAUUUCAAUUUCUUGUUAUAAAAAUAAAUUUAUAAAUUUUA